GGACUGCCUUCCUUGCCAAAGGCUUCUUCUUCUCUCCCCUCCCCUGGACUGGAGUGGGGAGAGACAGGAGGCCAGGAUGGCCCAGGACCUCACGGAGAAGGAGUUGCUCAAGAUGGAGUUGGAACAGCUCAAGAAGGAAGUGAAGAAUGAGCGAGCUCUAAUCUCCAAGACGGGAAAGGAGAUCAAGGAGUUCGUGGAGGCCCAGGCGGCCGAGGACCCCUUGCUGAAAGGGGUCCCUGAAGACAAGAACCCCUUCAAGGAGAAAGGGGGCUGCUCCGUCAGCUGAUUUCACCCAGGCCGGAGCCUCCAGCCCCCCAUUUGGACCGGCCCUCGCCCUCGCAGGAGCCCCAGUCCCUCGAACCCCAUCCUGCCCCAGAUCCCCCUACCCGGUUACCCUAACUCCCUGGCUAACUCCACCCUCCCCGGCCCCUCGAAUGCCAGUCUCCCCAAUCAACCAACGGUAUUAAUUGAGCACUUACUCUUUGCCCACCUGCUCCAUCACCCUUCCUCCCUCCAAAGCCCCAUCCCUUUCAGCAACUCCGGCCUUUAUUCAAUAGGUCGGUCAAUCAUUCAUUCAGUCGUAUUUAUUAAGUGCUCACUGUGUGUAGAACACUGUACUAAGCGCUUGGGA